CGUCACACAUCCGCAAAGGCACUCACGCUCCUGCGCAGUCAACAACACACCGGCCACUUGCACAAUUAGGACCACAAGUGCUCCUCAGCUGGUAAUAGUAGUCAAGAUGGCACAGCUACCACCGCAAACGAUCCAGAGGGAUCCCCAGCUAUUCUACUGGAUCCUCUUUCCCAUCACCGUCGUCAUGAUCUUGACUGGUGUGCUGCGACACUAUGCCACUAUCCUCAUGGCCACAGCCCCCAAGAAGGUCGAGCAGCCCGCUCUGAAGGAACAGCGCUCUCUCAUGCACGGCAUCGCCGUCCGCUCCAACUUCCACGUCCUGACCGCCCCCUCCUUCAAGGCCCGCCGUGAAGCUUUGACAACCGCGUACGAGUCCGGAGCCUAUCUCAAAGACCCCGAGCGCCGCGGACAGCCGCCUGCUAACCCCAUGACGGACCCCGGCGCCAUGGACGGCAUGAUGGGCAUGAUGAAGAACAACAUGGCUAUGAUGAUCCCCAACACCCUGAUCAUGAGCUGGAUCAACGCAUUCUUCUCGGGCUUUGUCAUCCUCAAGCUGCCCUUCCCCAUCACCAUCAAGUUCAAGAGCAUGCUGCAGGCUGGAGUUGGAACCAAGGAGAUGGAUCCUCGAUGGAUGUCAAGUAUUAGUUGGUACUUUUUGUGUUAUUUCGGAUUGCAGUUUGUCUUCAACCUGCUGUUGGGCAAUGAGGCUGCCGCCAGCCAGAUGGCUCAACAAAUGCAAGGCAUGGGCACUCAAGCCCCCAACAUGUUUGGUCCUGGACAAGAUCCCGACAAGCAGUUCCAGCAGGAGGCGGAAAACCUCGCGGUCGUCGACCAUUACUCGGUUCUAGAUGGGGUUGAGGAAAGAUUGCUCCAGGGUAUCAAGUCUAAAUAGAAUGCAAGCGUAGCACCGUCAAUGCCCAUCCCUAUGAUGCAAGCAACAUUACCAGAAACGCCGACCCAAAUGCAUUGCGGUUUUCCCACCAGUGUCGAAACUCCUCACUCCCACCACAAGCAGACACCGAGGCCUUCCUUCAUCAUGCUGCCCCGAAUGCUGUAUGGCGAGAUCUUCUUGGCCUUUUCAACUGCCUCUUCGGACGUGCUUUCGGGGAUUUGGUCAUGCCAUUCCUCGUCAAUCACCUGUAGCCUGACCAUCUCGUUCUUGUCGUAGUACAUGCGGUUUUCUUCAACGACCC